AUGUUCACUAUUUCCGACUACUACGACUUUGCCUGGGUAGCCUCAAUCAUUAAGGAUGCAUUCCAUACAGCUACAGGCGAAAAACGAAUAGAAAAACUUUUUUUGGAAACAAAAUGUAUACGAGUUCUUGUUGAAAUCCAGGCAGCAAAUAGUCUGUCAGAAGCGCCUGCAGUCUGUCUAGCUGAACAGUUCAAGCACUACAUAUUGGAUAAUGGAUUACAACUAUCAGAAGAAUCAAAUUCCGUUUUAGAAGUAGACGAAGCAAGCAUCAAAAUAACACCGGAGCAUAUGCCUGAAGAUGGACAUCCUAUUGUGAACAUUAGUCACAAAGAGUUUUCCGUUCCCAACAGCGAGUCGGUCAUCUUGCAAACAUAUAUCAUCUCAUCACCACCAGCUUCGUCAAUCGAGUGGUUCAAGAUAAAAGCUGAGGAUAACGAGACUUUGAUACCAAUAGACAGCAAAAAAUACUAUGGAGGCUCUGACCUGUCACCUUCUCUAAUCAUCCGAAACGUCAAUGUUGAUGAUCAAGGAUGGUAUAUUUGUCGGGCUGCAAAUAACAAUGGAACUGGAUGUAGCAAUAAAACGUGCGUUCGGAUAAACACUGAACCAGCAGGAACAGAAGACAAACCUGGACCAUUGGACGAAGAUAUCAGUGACAUCCGAG